AUGGAAACCUUCUUCAACUUUGAAGCGUAUUUACCUAGCGAAAGAAUUGAAUCUUCACAUAAUAUUCAUGUUUUUAGAAAAUGCUUUUGCAUUGAUUUUGAGUUCAACCACACAAUUGUACCUUCUCAAUCCGAUGCCACAACCUUUAUGCCCGAUUUUACAACUACAAUCAAAAGAGUUGUAGCGAUUCCUAUUGAAAUUCUAUGUAAUGGUUUGGAAGGAGAUCAUAAUGGUGUUUUAUACGCCGAAUUUUCUUUUGUGCCAGAUGAUUUAUUAUAUACGGUUCUACCAAAUCUUGAAGAAUUUGCUAGACAAAUAGUUGCACACAACUAUGAAAAUCGUGAUAUAUUAGAGUUGAAUGUGCGUCUUUCUGCCAUAACAUCAAUUGAAGAGGAGGAAGAAGAUUUUAGAAAUCAAGAUGAUUAUGGUCAAGCUCAACAAGUUGUUGAUUUGAUGGAGAAAUUAGAAAACUGUUAUCCUUUUUGUGACUCAAUCGAACAAUGUCCUAUUUGUUUGGAGGAGUUUUGCAUUAAAUCAGAUUUAGCUCGUACCAAAUGCUCGCAUGUUUUUCAUAAAAAUUGUAUUGGCUCAUGGAUUCAACAAUGCAUCAAUCGCUCAUCAACUUACACUUGUCCAUUGUGUCGAGAAUCUGAAGGUUCUGAAGAAGAGUCAGAAUAUGAGGGUUCUAAAGACGAGUCAGAGUUAGAAGAUGACUCUAAAGAUAAAGAUGAGUCAGACUCUGAAAGUGACUAUGAAGAUGAAGAAGACUUUGAAGGCAAGUCUGAUUCUGAAGGUGAAUCUGAUUCUGAUCCAGAUUCUGAUGAUGAUCCAGAAUCUGGAGGUAAUCAAAUCUUUGAAGGUGGAGCCUUUGAAGGUGGUCCAACUUCUGAGGGCGGUCAAGCAUCCGAUAAUGUUCUAGAAUCAAAAGGGGAUUCUAAACAAGUUUAG